GUUUCUCCCGCAGUAGCCAUAUUUGUUGAUGUGUCAUAUCAAAGUGACUUGUUGAGGCUAUCAGCUGGUUCGACAGAAAGCUCAAAGUUCACUCUUAUCCCGGUUGUCUCCGCAUUCAACUACACCAUGGGUUUUACGAUUUCGAUCUGAACAAAAGAGGGACCAUGGAGAAGCCUGGUCCUGCCUCAGAUACACACGUGAUGGAAGGAUCUGAGGUCGAAUCUGUGUCGGAAGGAUCACAGCCAGUGAACCAGCUUCACAGCAGCUCAUCUAACGUAGAAGAUGAGGCAGAAAAGGACAGUCAGGUAAAAGAUGAAGCACAGCUUGACAGUGAAUCAAUCAGGACUACGACAGAUGUUCAAACAGACACAAAGUCUGAAGAUCAAACAAGGUAUCAGGAACAUGUAGAGAGAAGUGAACUGGGUGCUGAUAGCAGCUGUGAUGGCAGUACAGUUUCCAUGGAAGGUGGGAUAACUUCCCUUUCAAAUGAGACUGGCAGAGCUUUGGUGAACCCAGUCACCACCUUGGGUGAUGUACUAGAAAGCUCUCCUUCUGUUCUUGAAGGGACAAUAGAAACCUCAUUGACUUUUGAUGAAGUGGAGCAUUGUCAUGCCACCACUCCAAACGGCAACAAGCAGCCAUCAGUCUUCGUUACAGAUUGUUCCACAGAGCCAUCGGCUGCUGAUGAUAGUGGUUCAGCUGAGAGUCUGUCAUCCUCAUCGGUUAAAAGCACUUCCAAGAACUCCCCUACCGACUCGACAACCACAUCUGGCAUCUUUAAUGGCCCUUCAACCCCCAGUUCCGACACUGUCAGCUCCUCGCUUGCUUCCAGCCCACAAACCAGUGCCAACAUCUCAGCCCCCUCACAUUCCUUGUCAAGUCCUUAUGACACUGAUUGCAGCCGAAAGCUUAUUUCCCAGAUCCAGCGCUCGCUGUCACAGGAGUCACUGCUGGAUGAGCUGGAGUCAGAGCUGUUGGCUUGUCAGCUGCCUGAGGGUGAAAGUGGAGGUGGGAGGAAAGGGAGCCCACCUGUCAAUGGACUCCCUACAGACCAAGACGGCUGCAUGGUGGUCUUUGAGAAGUGUGUGCAAUACAAGUAUGCACAGCAGGAGAAGGCCAUUCAGAGCCUGCUUGAGGAGAACAAGAGGCAUCAGGAGCUGAUCCUGGGUAUCUGUUCAGAGAAGGACAACAUGAGGGAAGAGCUGAAAAAGAGGACAGAGACAGAAAAGCAGCACAUGGCCACCAUUAAAAAGUUGGAGGGCAGGGUGGAGGAGCUGCUGAAAGAACUGAAGGAGUCGCAGGAUAAACUAAUUCACCAGGAUCAGGCAGCCAAAGCUGCCCUCCAGCAGAUGCAGAAGGAGAUGGCUUACCGGCUAGAACAGGUGAACAAGAAGUGUGACGAGGCACGCCAAGAGAAGGAGGCCAUGGUGAUGAAGUAUGUGCGAGGGGAGAAAGAGGCCCUCGACCUGAGGCGGGAUAAGGAGGGUUUGGAGAAGAGGCUGAGGGAAGCCACCAAGGAGGUAGACCGCCAGGCCCUCCGAGGAAACCAGUUGGCCCAGGAGAAAGGCCGGCUGCAGCAGCUCUAUGAUGCUAAGGAAGGUGAGGUUGGCAGGUUGACUCGAGAGGUGGAAAAGUUGAAGGAGGAGAUUAACUCGCAUCUUAUCAAGGUCAGAUGGGCCCAGAACAAACUGAAGAGUGAGGUGGAUGUACACAAGGAAACUAAAGACAAACUGCGGGAGACCGUGUCCAAAUUGGCUCAGGCCAAAGAAGAAACUGAACAGAUCCGCAAGAACUGCCAGGACAUGAUCCGAACUUACCAGGAAUCGGAGGAACUCAAGUCCAACGAGCUGGAUGCUAAACUGAGGGAGACCAAAGGAGAGCUGGAGAAGCACAAGCAGGAACAAACAGACCAAUUAGAGGUGCACCGAGUGAAGGCCAAAGAGCUGGAUGACCUGAAAAGGAGUUACAAAGAGGGCAUGGAUGAGCUUAAUACUCUACGCACCAAGUUAAAGUGCCUAGAGGAUGAGCGUCCACGCUGGGAGGACGAGCUGAGCAAGUACAGGGAGAUCAUUAACCGGCAGAAAGCAGAGAUCGGCCGCCAGAGAGAAAAGCUGGAGGAGAUCACUGCGCUCCAGGAGCAGCAUCAACGUGAUAAACAGGAGAUCUCAUCUCUUCGUGAGGAAGUGGACAGCCUGACCAACCAGAUGGCUGACCUCCAGCGGGAUGUACAAGGCAGCAGGGAGCGAGAGGCAGAGUUACUGGGCUUCACAGAGAAGCUGAGCAGCAAGAACGCCCAGCUCCAGUCAGAGAGCAAUGCACUACAGUCUCAGCUGGACCAGCUUGCCAGCAGCUUCGCAGAGCUCCAAGCGAGGCUGGAGGAGACCAACAGGCUACUAGAUGACAAGUCACGGCUGCUGGAACAGGAGGAGGUGCUGAGGCAGCAGGAGGUGCAGGGACUGCAGGAGGAGCGGACAGCGCUACUGACAGAUGUGGCCCAACUGAAAAUCAGAGUCGAAGAGCUGAGGGAUGAGCUGGUGACUCAAAAAAGAAAACAAGCUGCCAACAUCAAGGACCUGACGAAACAGCUAACACAAGCUCGUAAGAGACUGGAGCAUGUUGAGAAUGGAGGCUGCGACCGGGAUGCCAGCAGUAUGGGCAGUCGCUCAAGUUCCUCAGGUACUACUCCAAGAUUUGGCUCCUUGAACGCACGCCAUGGCGGGAGCGGUGGUGUUGAAGAGCGGUCACCCGAUAGCCAGUUAAGUCCUUCAGUGGUGGUCGUGGACAGCUUCCCAGAGGUCGACAAGGCCGUGCUUGUGGAUCGCAUUGUCCGUCUGCAAAAGGCCCUGGCUCGCAAGCAGGAAAAAAUUGAAUUCAUGGAGGAUCACAUCAAGCAGCUGGUGGAGGAGAUUCGCAAAAAGACCAAAAUUAUCCAGAGCUAUGUGCUUAGAGAGGAGUCAGGGGCCCUCUCGUCUGAGGCGUCCGACAUUAACAAGGCCCACCUGAGCCGGCGGGGAGGCAUCAUGGCUUCGCUUUAUACCUCCCACCCGGCGGACAGCGGGCUGACCCUUGACCUGUCGCUGGAGAUCAACAGGAAGCUGCAGGCUGUGUUGGAGGACACACUGCUGAAGAAUAUAACUCUGAAGGAGAAUCUGCAGACGCUGGGGGCCGAGAUCGAGAGGCUCAUAAAGCAGCAGAGAGAUCCUGGGGAUGGAGUGAGGAGAAAGUGACAAAGUUGUGUCACAGGAAAGAGGAAAUGAAGGACCAAGAAGUACUUGGAGAGGAAUCUCUAACCCGGACGGAACAGCAAAAUGAUAUACAUCCGCACACACUCAUUCUCCCAACCUAUGAAGGAGCUAAUUGAAUGUUGUAAGUGCCAGUAGCACAUCAGGCUGCUUUUUUGGAGGAUCUUUCCUGACCUUUGUGUCCAUUCUAUGAACGUGUCGGAACUUACUUGAACUGUCAUUAUUCCAUCCACAAUGUACCUCCUCCGUGUCCUCCUCCGGCACAACACAUCUUUCUCUAGCUGACGUCCAUCUCCCCUGAGCCUUGCCAAGAUUAAAAACUCUAAAGGCCAGUUGCUUCAAGCUUGAAGCUCUGACUGCCUUGUAAAUUAAUUGACUAAAGAUGCCAUAAUUAUGAAUGUAUAGCAAAUUCUACCUGGGGAAAUAGUAAAAAAACAACAACACUCAUUUGCCAAUGAAUUCAUCCUAUAAAACAUGGACUGUUUUUCCACCUUGCAGUAAACUGAGAUUAGAUAUCUCUCAGCAUGCGAUCUCUCCACUUGUCUCCUGAUGUCCGUCUGCCAAUAAGCCAAAUGUAUUUUUGAAAGACUGCUUCUUUGGCUCCCGUUAUGUGAAGCAAAAGUGGAAAAACAGCCCUGGCUUGUUGGAGGGGACCUCUCGUGCCAUUUGUGUCAUCAUCUUUUGCUCUGCGCAGCACUUCCAAACGAAGCUGGUGAAGCAGGGCGCCUCACAUCAGGAGCCCCCACCCGUCUGUGUGACCCCGGUGCUAGGCUUGCAAAAGCAGACUUUGUCGAUGCCACGAAGCGUGGAGGUGUCCUAAUGUUUAGCUGUGUACACUGAAGAAAAUCUAUGACAAAAAUAUUAUCGUGUUAAGGUUGAAAUGUAGAGCUGGUCUUUGGUUUAGCCAUUUUGAAUGUGAUUUUUAAUUUAUUUUCAUUAUCGUUGGCUUAAAAUUUAAUUUUUUAUUUGAGUAUGUCUGGUUAUCCAUUUUUGUUUUCUAUUAUCAUUCCUCAUUUUCCGACUUGUUUUGCACCAUGUGCACAAUAUGGUCUGGGGGAUGGGGGGUCAAAAAUGUUAAGGUAUUCCCGUCACACUCUUCUUUGUAGUGUCACUGAGUCCACUGAAGUAAACCAAGUGUAAACGAAGCUGUAGAUCAGGAAAUCCAAUGGAACCUACAGAAAUAUAUCCAGGGAAAAAGUGCAAUUCUUUUCCUUUCAUUGAUUUCUUUAGGGGGGAGGGGGUUUGUUGUUGAGCUGAAUGUGUUUAUGCGGCAGGAUCCUAUUUUAUGUCUGUUUUUAUGCUUGUAUACGUGCAACAUGUGACUUCGCUGGUGUUUGAAUCUUUGAAAGUGUCCAAAUUGAGCGUGCGCACAUGGCUGCACGUGUGCCCUUUUCGCCUCUCAAGCUUUUGUGUUCACACCUUGUGUACAUGCUUCAGCUGUCGGGGGAGGAGUGGGGUUUGGGGGCUUAUAGGCUUUUACCAGAUUGACCAUGAAGUGCGUUACAUCCAGAGGGGGGGGUAAACAUGAUUUGCAGUUAGACCAGAGCGUGUCAGCCACAAAAAAACCUGAAGCAAAUAAUGUUUCUGUCUCGCAUUCACAGCUGUUUAGUCUAUUGUACACACAAACUCAGAAACACACAGGAUGAAGGGUAUAGAGCAGGCAUCUAGUUUGAUUCAACAAUACUUAAGUUUCCUUGUUUUUUGUUUUUUUAUUUGAUGUGAUUGCAGAAGCUGUCACAAAAGAUCAGCCACCCCCUCCCCAAUUAGAAACAGGCCUUGAAUGGUUAGUUACUUCGCAUACACCCUGAGGCUAUGUCGAAAUGGCCCACUACAUGAAUGGAGAUGAAGGUUUUCUGGAUUGAGGUUGUGCCGUCCUUAAAGCCUCCCUGCUGCUGCAGUGGGUGCUAGCUGUUUGAUGUACCUCUACUUUUAAUUCAUCCAAACUGAUUCUGUGUUUAAACAUACAGACAGCAAACCUGGAGAUUACAUCUUGACUGUCCUUGAUAUUGAAACUUUGUAACCUUUUAAACUCCAAAAGGUUCAGUGAGGUUGCCGUUUUGCCCUUUAUCACAUUGCGUUUUGUUUUGUUUUUCUAUCAAGCCAGUUCAUUGUUUCCAAAAACGCAUUUCAUCUGGAUGUUUUAUUAUGUCUUAAACAAUGCGAAAAAACGAGCUACUUGCUGCUGAACAGGGGAAAUCAUGGCAGUUUUUGUUGUUUUGUUUGUUUCUGGUACAGAAGUAAAAUACAACCUAUGCAAAACACUCGCAUGGGAUUUCCUAAGUAAUUCUUUAUAAUUCUCUGAGUUAUGUUAAUACACUUCUUCUGAUUUGGUCACAGUGUGCCACCUGUAAGAAUCACACUGAGCUGAGAUUGUACACGUUUCCACAGCCUUGAAACGAAGCCAUGCUGCAGUCAUUGUGUGGACGAAUGAAAAUCGUGUUUUCACUAUAUGGAUAUGAAGAAGUGGUGUUCAGAACGUGUGAGAUUUAAAUGAGACGUUUUUCUGUUUUAUUCCUGCUGUGCAAUGACUCUCUUUGCUCUGUUUUGUGGAAUACCCAAACUGUGAUUAUAAUAUACUUUUGUAAAUAUGUCAUUCUGUAAAAUUAUGAGAUGUUUUUUAAAAAAAAUACUGGAUUCUGGAUUAUGUUUGUGUAAAUAUAAAGUGUUUCCAGGGAAUAAAAGGAGACGAGUCUUAACUUUCUCUUGAAUGUUC